AUGGUUCUAGGUCCGGCGGUGACGACGGCUUUGAUGAAGAUGGGGUCGACGGCCACGUCUGACUACGCCUCCGUCGUCUCCAUCAACCUCUUUGUCACUCUACUAUGCGCUUGCAUCGUCAUUGGCCACCUGCUCGAGGAGAACCGCUGGAUGAACGAGUCCAUCACAGCUCUUAUCAUCGUCAGUUCAAACUCCUUCUCGCCUUCAUCAUGCAUUCUCUAGUUUCUUCAGCUUGGUUCCUUCUUUGCAGAGGAAUGCAGUCGAUGUCGGAUCUUUGACGCUUAAAUCAAUCUCUCUCUCUCUCUCUCUCUCCUCCCAUCCUCACUGUGUGUAUGUGUGUGUGUACAAAUGCAGGGGCUCUGUACUGGAAUGGUAAUUCUGUUGACUACUAAGGGAAAAAGUUCCCACAUUCUCGUUUUUAGCGAGGACCUCUUCUUCAUCUAUCUCCUUCCGCCUAUUAUAUUCAAUGCCGGGUAAGCAGUGUUUUUGAUGUUUUCCGCGAUGUUGCUCAUUCUUGCUCAUCUCUUCAGACUACAUGAUUGCAUUGUACGUUCUCUGUCUUCAUUAUGUCCCAUAAAUCAAACACAUAAAAGUGAAAAUUUGCAUCUUUUUUCUCUUGCCUCUGUGUAGAUGGAUCUGGACUCAGUUUGGUGAACUUUAUUUGUCAAGUCUUAAUGUGAUAUUUACUGUCUAUUUUGUGAACUGGUAAUUGAGAAGCUGUGUUGGGCUGGAUUAGGGGGUCCGUAGGUAGAUAUGAAGGCAUUUUCUUCUUCCUGGUUUAUGAGGGAUUCAUAUCUUGAGAUCUUUACGAAAGCUGAUGAAGAAAUUCUGUCUUACCAUUGGUUUGACAUAAUAGUUUCAUGUUGUAGGAUGCGAGCAUAAUAGUUUGCCAGGUUUUACUGGGGAAUUCUUAACGAGACUCUCGAGAGCGAUUCUUAGUAAACCCUUUUUUGUUUCUUCUAGGUAAUCAGGUACACAUGAUAUUUAUGCUGGAACAUCUGUAAAGAUAUGAAAAUUUGACGUUCAUUACAAUGCUAUAAGUGCUGAGAUCUAUUUAUAGGCAAGAUUUUUCGGAUGUUACUGAAUUACGUUAUGAAAUACAGAACACCAGUAACCUUGUCUCUGCAGUGCUAUUAUUUAUACAUAAAAAAAGACGCCUGAAUUCCUUAUUUCCACCAUUUCUUCCUUUGUAACUUUUCCUUUCUUUAUUAUUAUUUUAAUUUUACUCUUCUUUUUGAUAGUGAGGAAGCAUCAGUUGCAUGAUCAACCCAUUUAUACGAUUUUGGAAUGCAUACCAGGUGUUGCAUCAAUUCUCCAAAGCUUAGAUCAAAGCUUUUGAAAUAUUUCUCCAUUUGUCAGGAAAAGAUGCUGUCUUUUCUGUUAUAUUUCUUGGCGAAAAUAAAACCCGAAGCUGCGUAAUAGGGCUGCCUUUAGAAUCUUUAGGGUAGGAUAUAAAGGUUAGGAGAUGAUCCAAAUGUCAUAUUUGGAAGAUUCGUAUUGUAGUAUAAAUUUAAGGACAUAAAUUAUUCGCUAUUAAGGGGUCUUUUUUUCAUCCUGUCUGCACAACAACUCUUGGGUGUGUUUAUGCUCGUCAUGCAUUCUAACAUUGCCAAAACCUAAAAUUUUGAGGAAAAAGUUCAAUUAAAACAUCUUGUAAAAUGUUAGUUCUUGCCAUUAAUUGGUCGAUUAAAGAGCUUUGUAAUGAAAUUUCUUUCAUCAUUUUGUUUGAUAACUCCAUUUUGGUGAGUCAAUCCUGUACUAUAACAUCUCUCACUCUCCCUUUCUUCAAACAACCCUUCCCAGUUAAGACAUCUUGUAAACUGUUAGUUAUUGCCAUCAAUUGGUCGACUAAAGUGCUUUGUAAUGAAAUUUCUUUCAUCAUUUUGUUUGAUAACUCCAUUUUGGUGAGUCAAUCAUGUACUAUAACAUCUCUCGCUCUCCCUUUCUCCAAACAACCCUUCCCAGUUAAUUAGCUAUUAUAUCGCUGAUUUCACUUCAGACUAUUUGAUGUGGUUAUGUUCCUUUAGUUUAAUUAAGUUUGAUUGACUAUUUUUGUCAACAGAUGAAAGUUCUUAUCAUGGUUUUCUAAUAUUUCAAAUUUCAGGUUCCAGGUCAAAAAGAAACAAUUUUUCCGCAACUUCAUGACAAUCAUGCUUUUUGGGGCUAUUGGCACAUUGAUUUCCUUUGUCAUCAUUUCGCUAGGUAAUGUCUUAAUCUAUGGUUUACCUGGCAUGUUUUAGAUGCUAUGUGAUCUUUUUUAGUUUUGAUCGUACCUCAGAAUCUAAGGCUCUUUUUUUUUGAGUUCCAUUUUGGUAUCACAUUAAUUUUUUGUAUUGUUUUCUUCGCUAUGAUAUGCAACUUUGUCUUAUUUGUAUCUGAAAAAGGAGUGAGGAUAAAUUAAAAUGCUACCUUUACUUCCAUAUGAAGAUGUGUUAACUAGAUGAAAAAUCCUAACAAUGAGGUUUGUCACAAUGAUGGAAUGCAUCAUGAAUAUGACAGACUGCUAUGCAACUUUUAGUUUGUGCCCUUGUUGCAAACAUUUAUGAUCUGUGUUCGAGUCACUCUUCAUUGUCUCCGUAUUUAUUUAUCUGCUAAUUGAUGGUGGAUUUUCUUUCUGCAUUUGAUAUCCUUUUGUACAUUUUGACCUGAAUCUUCUGUCUGUUUUCCUCGUGGUGUUACUUCAAACAAGUUUGGAUGUUGCAUUUAGAGAAAUAAUUGUGGAGAGAUGACUGCGUACGAACAUAUGCCAAAAUAACCAUGACUGUCAAUAUUUGAGAAUGAAACUGACUAUUUGGUUUUUAAUUCAUAAGAAUAUUUUCCAAUAUAAGAACUGGUAGUGAUAAUUUCAGCUGUUUUCAAUUCGAUAACUAUUGAUCUCCACGUUUUCUUAUUAGAUCAUCACGUGCAUCUAGCUCCUCCAUUAUCAUAAUAUUAUCAUUAUGAUGCUAUUAUUGGCUCUUAAUUGACUUGGAAAAGUUUCCAUCACUCGUAGUCUACUAACAUAAUUGUUAAAAUACCAUAAAAGGUGUUUUCGAUCAUAUUUUAUUUAUUGAGAGCACGUGGAGCGUGAUUCAGGAAUUUAGCUUUGCAGAUAAAUUUGGUAUUCUUUGAAGCAAUUAUCUAAUAGAAUGAUGCUUUCUGUUGCAUGAUUGUAUUGCUCCUUCUGGUUCACUUGCAGUGAACAUUAAAUUUGGUUCCAUUUUUUACUGUUACUAUUUUUAGCUUACUGGUUUGUUCAAAAUAUUUUUUAAAACAUUUAUUCCUAAAUUUAUGUCAUUUGUUCAGGUGCUAUUGGAAUACUUAAGAAAAUGGAAAUAGGCGAUUUUGAGCUUGGCGAUUUUCUGGGUAUAUUCUCACGCGCUAUUUAGUCUGUUUUUAUCUCUUCCGUUGUGAUUCAUUGAAGCCUCAUAUUUGUGCGCCUGAAUUUUGCAGCUAUUGGAGCAAUCUUUUCUGCAACAGACUCUGUGUGCACCUUGCAGGUUGUAAAACAUUGAGUUAGCAUUGCAGAAUCAGUUUGGUAAUAAACAUAACGGUUUAGAGAUGACACACUCUGGCUUAUGAGCAGGUGCUUAAUCAGGAUGAGACACCUUUUCUUUACAGCCUGGUCUUCGGGGAAGGGGUUGUAAAUGAUGCCACGUCAGUUGUGUUGUUCAAUGCAAUCCAGAGCUUUGAUCUUGUACAUAUGGACACCACAAUAGCAUUACAUUUCGUUGGGAACUUCAUGUACUUAUUUCUCACAAGCACCUUGCUUGGAGCGCUUGUGAGUUUCCUUCUCUUUUAUUUCAAUUUCAUAUCUAUCCCUUGACUUAGAUAGCUCAUCUUCGUGAAUGAGUCGGGACUUCUAUCAUAUUAGCUAUAUUUUCUUACUCCAUUUUGCAGGCUGGAUUGCUAAGUGCUUAUAUCAUAAAAACUCUGUACUUUGGAAGGUACGUUUGAAAAGGAGUUUAUUCAAUUUACUUGCCGCUUUGCAUACACUGCGACGAAUAUUUUUUUUCCAAUGUGUUUAUAUGGCCUAGAUAGAGUGAUGGCUGUUCUUUAAUAUCUUCCUACUUUAUAUGAAUAAUUCGGGUUGGUUUAUGAACAGUGAAAUCGAUAUUUUUCGACCGCAUUAUCUGGCUUAGAAUAUGCUAAUGACCUUUUCAACAGAGAGUUCUGGCAGUGCCUGUUUUUACCAAUAUUCAACUUGCUUCUGGCUAGUCUGAGUUUUGAUCCCACACGCCAUAAUAUUAUGAAUAUUAUCUCUGACAUUUGAUGGAGUGUCUGUCCUCUCUCCAGUUACUGUCAUAUGUUUUGACUCUAAAUUAAAUAAUUACAACUACUAUUAAACAUACGGGGUAACUAUUAUCUGAAGUGACUAGAGGGAACCAUGCUCUAUUAGUUUGCUUCGUGUCAAAAAUUAAUCGUUGAGUAUCAUAUUUCUUCCAGGCACUCUACUGAUCGUGAGGUUGCUCUUAUGAUGCUAAUGGCGUACCUCUCAUACAUGUUAGCUGAAGUGAGUUUCCUCACCGCAAAAAGUUUCGGACAUUUUUUCAGGCUACCUGAUUACUUUGUUUUUCUUUAACGAUUUUUUUUUUUGAUUUUAUUAAAAAUAAUAAUGGAAAAUUUUUAAUGUCUUUUGAUAAUAUUGCAGUUAUUGGAUCUCAGUGGUAUCCUCACAGUGUUCUUCUGUGGGAUAGUAAUGUCCCAUUACACGUGGCAUAAUGUGACUGAGAGUUCAAGAAUAACGACCAAGUAUUAUGUGCAUUGCACACUCAUGAUUCGUUCUUUAAGUACAAAUUUUACCACACUUCUGGCACUUGACAAAGUUUAACCGUGGAUCUCAUGCCUUCUGCUGCAGGCAUGCCUUUGCAACCUUGUCAUUUAUCGCUGAAAUUUUUAUUUUUCUUUAUGUUGGCAUGGACGCGCUGGAUAUUGAGAAAUGGAGAUUUGUUAGUAACAGGUAUUCUCAAUAACAUUCAUAGAAAUUUAAUUGUAUCGAUAAUGCCUUCCUGUCCUUCAUUGUAUAUAUAAUAUACUGACUGCCCUUUUCCAUUAACAUACCAUAUACACCAAACUUGCUCAUAACUGAUUCACCUGCUCCUCAUUGGUGAUAAAAAGUGGAUGCGGUAUAUAAGAGAAAAACUGAGUAAUUUGGUUGUCGUUUGAAAAUUUACCCAGCCUCUGACGCUUGCAUGCAGAUGUGACUAAACCCUAUAUCUUUUACCCUCCCCAUCUUUCUUUGCCUUCAUCGAAUUAUCCUCUGCUACCUUGUCCUAUCUUUUUGACUGGUGCUGCCCCCAGGGGUGACCGCGUUGCCCAUAUUUAAUAUGUUUGGAUAAGUUGUGAAGAUAAAUUUACGACAGUUUCAAGAAGUUCACGAGUUCCAGAGAACCGAAAUGAAUGGAAUGGGAAAAAAUGGUGCUCGAAGUAGAUUUAUGUAUCCUUGUUUAAUUAAGAUAUCAUACAUAUACCCUGAAAUUUUAUAAAAAAUGCCCUAAAAAAGUAUCGACCCACUUUGUUCAGUAUGCGAUGUUUUCUCAUCAUUUGUGACGAUUGUAUCACCCUGAGGAAUUCAUUGUCUCGGUAGAAGCAAAAGGGAAGGGUGAGGUAUGUAAUAUGGAGGAUAUUUCAUUGCUCCACUAGAUGGCGUCGGUAUAACAUAAUGAAUACUAAAAAUAGAUUUAAUCUUACAAGAUUUCAAUGAGAAUAAGACAACUAAAAGAAGCUUGGAGGGCCCUCCUCCACACAGUAAGUUUUUCACCCAGCACUCCACAUGCAUGAAAUCUGAUCCUAAACCGUUGUCUCUUUCUGAAUCAUACAAUGCAUUUGGGCAGUGUUUUACCUUGUUUGGGGUCGUCUGAUAUUGUGAGGAGAUUACAAGUUCCUUCUGCCUCUUCUGCAGCCCUGGAAAAUCGAUUGGCGUAAGCUCAGUUCUCCUGGGCUUGGUGUUACUGGGCAGAGCAGCUUUUGUUUUCCCCCUUUCCUUUCUAUCAAACCUAACCAAGAAGUCUCCUGGUGAAAGGAUCUUCUUCAAGCAGCAGGUGAAUUUACUUGUUGCUAACGAGUAUUUUUUUUUCUCUUUUCAAGUUUUUUUUUAUAAAUUAAUUCCUUCAGCAGGUUGUGAUAUGGUGGGCCGGUCUAAUGAGGGGUGCUGUAUCGAUGGCACUUGCCUACAAUAAGGUAAAUAUUUUCAGACCAGUUUCAGGCCUGGUAAAUAGAAGUUGGCCGUGCUGCUUCUUUCCUUACGGAAUCUAGUGAGAUAAUGUUACUAGCUCUUUUUCUGCUUUUUUCCUCAAAUUAUCAUUCCAAUUUUUUUUAUAUAAAACAGGUAAUAGAUCCAGAUUGGUAUGUUAGCCUUCAAUUGGGUCGGUUGAUCAAAUCAACCGAGCCAAUGGGAAUUCGAUUUGAUGUUUCUUAAAGCUUUCCACCCAACCCUCUCUCUCUCUCUCUCUCUCUCUCUCUCUCUCUCUCUCUCUCUCUCUCAAUAAAUGGGGGUUUCAGUUCUAUCUCCAGAAGAGUUAGUGAGGAAGUAGGCUCCAAGAUUGCAGACAACAAAAGGCUACUUUCUUCAAUUGAGAGGGAGUGAGGGUUCUAGCUCGGUAGAUAAUAUGAUGAUACGGACUACAACUCUCUCUCUCUCUCUCUCUCUCUCUCUUUCUCUUUCAACAAAUGGGGGUUUCAGCUCUAUCUCCAAAAGAGUGAGUGAGGAAGUAGGCUCCAAGGUUUCAGAUUACAAAAGGUUACUUUCUUCAAUUGAGAGGGAGCGGGAGUUUUAGCUUGGUAGAUAAUAUGAUGAUAUGGACUACAACUCUCUCUCUCUCUCUCUCUCUCUCUCUCUCUCUCUAUCCCUCCUAUUGAAGAUAAUUCUCUUCCAACUCGCAUGAAGUGAUCCGGGAACUUGGUGCAAAUCAAUUUUACUUUCUUCUGUUCUUAUUAUUUGCUAGAAACAGUGUUGAUUCCAAAAUUUCAUCGCCCUGCUACAUUUUACCUUGUCAAAAGUCGCCUGGAUCCUUAUUAUCUGAAAAUUUCAUGGGUUUUUCCCUGAUAAAUAUGUGCUACCAAAUUAUUCCGGAGUCUGUGAUUCGUUGAAUAUUUAUUUUUUCCAUCCAAGUUGAUUUUUUAUUUUUUAUUUUUAUUUUAUGAACUCGCAGUUCGCGAGAUCUGGCCACACCCAACUCCGUGGAAAUGCAAUCAUGAUCACCAGCACCAUUACAGUCGUUCUUUUCAGCACCGUCGUAAGUGGCUCCGCUCCAUGGUUUCAGAGCUUCCUUGAAUCUCACACUCCACUGCCAUUUUUAUUUUUUAUUUUUUUAUGUACUUCCCCCAAAAAUAUCAGCAAAAAUCGUCAAUUCCGUUCACAACCCUCCCAAUCAUCAUUCUUCUUACGAUUUUGAUCAUUUCAUUCAUUGAUUCAUUCGUUCGUGUUCGUCGUCGUUGGAUGGGCAGGUGUUUGGGCUACUGACGAAGCCGCUGAUCAGGGUCCUGCUGCCCUCCGGGAUGAACCGGCAGAACAGCCUGUCUUCCGAUCCGUCGACACCCAAGUCCCUGUUCGCGCCGCUGCUCCUCGGCGGCGGAGAGCAGGCGGCGGUGGAGGGCGAGGCGGGGACGCUGCCGCGGCCGACGAGCAUAAGGAUGCUGCUGUCGACGCCGACGCACACGGUGCACCAUUACUGGCGCAAGUUCGACGACGCCGUCAUGCGCCCCAUGUUCGGAGGCCGCGGCUUCGCCCCCUUCGUCCCAGGUUCCCCCACCGAGCGCAGCGUCCAUCCCUGGUAA